CCUUCUUUCCGCGCCCCUCUUGUCUCAUUUCCAGGUACUUCCCCUUCUCGAGCUCUGCCAAUUACUGACCCCGCGGGCCGGGGCAAGUGGCGCCCGAACGUGGGGCUCGAGACACGGGGUCUUCACCUGGUGGAUGCUGCUCGGAAGAUCGGCCGAUCGACUCAUAAGCAGUCCGCUCAGACCCACCCGUCUGAGAAAGUGACUGUGCAUAAGCAGUCCGCUCAGACCCACCCGUCUGAGAAAGUGACUGUGCAUAGCAAGUCCGCUCAGACCCACCCAUCUGAGAAAGCGACCUGCGAGGUUUCCAAGGCCAAAAUGCCCUCAAGUGUGAAUUUCCGAUCCUUGCUUCCCCUGGUCUUCAUCAAAACUUCAUAUGGAGGCUUUGGCAAUCCCAGCAAAGCUCUGCUUCAUCUUCAGCAACAACAAGGAAGUCCCUACCAAUGCCUUGGAGGCACUUUCUCGAGUUAUACUCGCCCCACUGGGAUAUAUCAGUCUCAGGAUUGUGGGGAUAAAAUGGCUUAUCUUCUAUAUCAGUCUGGAUCUAAAUGGAAAUGCAUCCCUAAACCUAAACCCCUCCCUCCAUCCCCAGAUGGCGGACUCCCCCCAUGUCCUUGCCACACUUUUAAAGAAUCCAUGCAUUCCUCCUGUUAUCAACAAUACCAAGAAUGCUCCCAAGGGGAUAAAAUAUAGUAUACUGCCACCCUCCUCAAAGAGCAGUCAGCUAGCCUUGGAGGCGAUUGAUUGGUCUAAUAACCCCCAAGUCCUUGGAUCAACCAAUAAGCUCAUGACCGCCGGAUGUUCUGGAGAGGUUGGACAAAAAGUUUAUUGGCGUCGCUCUCCCUCUGUUUACAUCACAGAUGGGGAUGGCCCCCAAGAUCAGGCCAAACGAAAAUAUGUUAAAGCUCGUAUUGAUCAAAUCAUUGAGGCACAAGUCCCUUCUCUUAGAUAUCAUCCGUUAGCCAAUAUUCAUUCCGGUACAAAGGAUGCAUUGGAUGGGGCCACCCUUGAUAUUUUCAUUCAGACCCACCAGCUUCUAAAUAUCACCAACCCCUCAUUAGUUCAGGAUUGUUGGCUCUGCCUUAAACAGGGCCCAUUCAUUCCCUUGGCAAUCCCCCUGCCUCAUAUUAGUUUUGAUUUUGAUAUAGCUAAUUGCUCUAUUUUUUCCCCUAUUCUAAUAGUUUUGGAAUCCCCUCUUCCUUACAAUUUUACCCCCCAAUGUAUUUAUAGUAUGCCCUUAAAUGAUAGUUUUGAUAUAGAUGUGGGAUUUAUUACCUUUGUUAAGUAUUGUUAUUGUCAAAAUAUUGUUGAUCGCACAGCCCUAUGUUCCGGAAACUCCUUUGUAUUUGUUUGUGGAAAUUCUUAUGCAUAUUCCUUUUUACCUCAAAACUGGACAGGUACAUGUUUAAGCGCUACUGUUUUACCUAAUAUUAAUAUUAUCUCAGGAGAUACCCCUGUCCCAAUUCCCACCUUUGAUUUUAUAGCUGGAAGACCCAAACGGGCUGUACAGCUCAUUCCCUUAAUGAUUGGUCUAGGAAUUUCUACGGCCAUUGGCACUGGGACCGCCGGCCUAGGUGUCUCCUUGCACAAAUAUGCCAAAUUGUCUCAAUAAUUGAUUGAUGGUGUUCAAACCUUGUCUGAUACUACGCAAUAUCUGCAAGAUCAAAUUGAUUCCCUUGCAGAGGUUGUCCUUCAAAAUAGAAGAGGUUUAGAUAUGCUCACUGCCGAACAAGGAGAAAUCUGUCUUGCCCUCCAAGAACAAUGCUGUUUUUAUGCAAAUAAGUCUGGCAUUGUUAGGGAUGAGAUCAAAACCUUACAGGAAGAUGUAGAAAAACGCAGAAGGGAAUUAUGCGAAAACCCCCUCUGGACUGGGCUCAAUGGGUUUCUACCUUAUCUCCUCCCUUUAUUGGGGCCCCUAUUAGGGCUCCUGAUAUUAUUAACCAUCGGGCCUCUAAUAGUUAAGAGGCUUACGGCCUUUAUUAAACAACAGAUAGAUACCAUGCAAGCCAAAGCCAUUCAAAUCCAUUACCAUCGUCUUGAUCUGGCCGAUCAGGAGGAAAAUUACUUGCAAAUCCGAAUGUCUAUGGAGACUAGAGGAUAAGCCUGACGUCUGAGAGGUUCAAAAAGAGAAUAUUGCCAAGUCCUUACAGUCACAGUUACUGGAGAGCCUUGGAAUGUCCCUGAACUUUUCUAGAAACUUCUCCUCUCUUGCUACAGUUGACCCCAAUGAUGGGUAAGACAGUCAACGCCUGACUGAUCAACCUAAGACAGGGGCUUCUGUCGAGAUGUCAAGGCCAUCUUUUCCUCUACAACCUGCCUCUCUGACACCCCUCUACAUGGCCUCCCCUCAUUGACUUGCAUGAUAUAUAUCUCUUCCUCAAUUUUUAUAAUAGAGAAGGGGGAGAUGUGGUAGACUAAGCUGCUAGCCUGUCCUAAGUAAAAACCAAACAGCCUCCAUGUUGACCCGCUGAUCACCCCACCACCACAGUUGUGUCGUUACCCAUGACAACGGGUUUGCGCAGACAAGUGACCUGAUCCGUUACAUAGUAACAUUGUGUUAUACUAUUGUUACAUUCUCCUCCCAAAGUUUAUGGUUAACUAUUUCCUCUUACAAUUUUGCGGUUUUU